GAAGAAGAAUAAGCCAAAACGAUAGUGAAGCUUAUUAAGUUUCAUGUUCCUUGUAAAACAUUUGGUUUUCAUUUACAACAUCUCUACAUCAUCUGAUGUUCUAAACCAAAUUCUUCCAAGAAUCUGAACCCAUUAUAGUUAUGAAAGUAAGUGGACCUAUACUUGUGUUGAUCACAGAAAAAGAUUUGGGUGGCAAAAAUAUUAGAAAAUGAGAUAAAACAAAAGUUAUGCUUAUAACAUGAGAAUAUUGAGAAAUAUAGUUCUUACCCGUACUAAAAACGGGGUAGCAACUGAUGCAAUGUGAGAUGCGCUGAAAAGAUGAUGGAUACUUUGGGUUUGAGGACUUAGUAUAUAAGUGUACAUUGGGUAUCUUCUUCUCUACAACUUCUUAGUAACACGUCUUUUAUUUUCCUAAAUUAGCGCGUAUCUUAAAAAAAUAAAUUAUUUUCUUAACCCAUUCCCUAUCAAUGCGUAGAGCAACAAGAGAUCCUCUCGUGGUCGGUCGGGUUGUCGGUGAAGUUUUGGACCCCUUCAAUAGGAGUGUAAAUCUGAGAGUAAGAUUUACCAAUAGAGAUGUUUUUAAUGGAUGUGAAUUCAGGCCAUCUGAGGUUGUUAAUCAACCAAGAGUCGAAAUUGGAGGUGACGACCUUAGGACUUUCUACACCUUGGUGAUGGUGGACCCUGAUGCUCCUAGCCCAAGUAAUCCACAUCUGAGGGAGUACUUGCACUGGUUGGUGACUGAUAUUCCCGGGACAACAGGUGUAUCAUACGGUCAAGAGGUGGUUUGCUAUGAGAACCCAAGACCUUCAGUUGGAAUUCAUCGUUUCAUAUUUGUGUUGUUUCGACAAAUGGGAAGGCAAACCGUUUACGCUCCCGGGUGGCGCCAGAACUUCAACACUCGAGACUUUGCCGAAGUGUACAACCUCGGUUUACCCGUUGCUUCGGUCUAUUUCAAUUGCCAAAGGGAGGGAGGUUCGGGUGGAAGAAGGUCGUAAAACGUGCGACACUUUUUCACUCUACCGUCUAAGAAACCGUGUCUAAACAUCUGCUGCGCUUUUUAACAUCCUGUCUAAUAGUAAUAAUAAAAAUUGUCAUUAUUAAAUAAGGAAUUGAUGCUCUUCUAAAACAAGUACCUUAUAAAUUUGUCACUAAAAACUGUCCUUUUAGACAUUUUUGUUAGAGUAAUACAAUAAUAGUAAUGAUCCACAUAGCAGUAAUUUGACUAUUGAGAAUCAGAGUAGUAAUUACUGACAUUUUUUUAGGGGAAUUACUGUUUUGUUACUCUAAUAUAAAUGUAAAAAUUAUUUACCCAAGUUAUAUUAUAAGGCACUUAUAAUAGUCUUAAUACUUUUUAUGAGUUUUUUUUUUUUUUUUUGAA